AGCAGCGAUUGGGUGGAAGAGAGGUGAAACUUAAUAGCGGAAGUCCCGCCCAACCGGGGUGAAACUUCCGGCUCCAAACGCUUGGGCCUUAUGCUGACGGAGCGGAGCCAGCAGCGCCGGGAUGGUGCUGCUGGAGAGUGAGCAGUUCCUGACGGAGCUGACCAGGCUGUUUCAGAAAUGCCGGUUGUCGGGCAGCGUGUUCAUCACCUUGAAGAAGUAUGAUGGUCGGACUAAACCCAUUCCAAGGAAAGGUUCCGUGGAGGGCUUUGAGCCCUCAGACAACAAGUGUCUGUUAAGAGCUACUGAUGGGAAGAAGAAGAUCAGCACCGUGGUGAGCUCCAAAGAAGUGAAUAAGUUUCAGAUGGCUUAUUCAAACCUACUGAGAGCUAACAUGGAUGGGCUGAAGAAGAGGGACAGAAAGAGCAAGAGCAAGAAGAGCAAAGCAGCACAGUGAAGGGACCCAGACUUCCUGCUUUCACCAACUAACCACUUAAAUGCUGUUCUUUUGGUUUUACUUUUGGCCACAAAGCUGGGUUUCUGAUUCCUGUACAGUAACUUUUCACGUGAGGUUAGGGUCAUCUUUGGAUGGAAGAAGGGCUGCAGUGUUUACAGGGUAGUUGUAAGAAACCAGUCUAUUUUAGAUCUGGCUAAGUGGUCUGUGUUGCAUGGUUGUAUAUUCUUGGAUUAUAGUUUAAAGUCUCUGUAGCCACCCGUGAAGAGCACUGUAUCAUUAAACCUGUAUUUAUCAGCACUGACCAUCUUUUAUUCCUUUUCCCUCCCCAUAAAGUUUGUGGCAAUAGUUACUAAUUCUGGAAUGAUGUAAUUACGAAGAGGCUCUAAGCCCUAUCUCAUGGGUUACUAGAAUUGAAACCUGACAAUUUUAUAAAAAGUUGUUGUUUCAUGGAUAUUUUCCUUAACUAGCUGUCUAAUUGUAUCAUCAUAGUUCCCUUAGAAAAUUUGAAUGAGUUCUCAUAGCCAAAUGAGUUUCCUUAACUAAACUUAGAAUAAGCUUAUGACAAAAUCAAGAAUAAAGAUUCCAAGUUGUUAACAAUA